UCUGAAGAGUGAAGAAAGUAAGAAUCUCUUCAUUCAACACAAGAAUUGAAACACGAUGACAUCUCCAAGGAUUUCCUCCUUUGUGACGUGGUUGUUCUUGUGUAAAAUGACUCAUGCAACUGAUCUGAAGUUGUCCUCAACUGUGCGUCACGAGAGAGGUUUUGUAUCAGCUAAUGUUGGAGACAACAUUACUUUGCCAUGUUAUACCAUUGAUGAUCCAGCAUGGCUUUACUGGUACAAGCAAAUACUGGGACAGAAACCAACGCUGAUCUCCAGCGUUUAUGUGUAUGAAACAAAAGCCACUUUUUAUCAAGAAUUCAAGAACAAUCCCCGCUUCACACUGGAUACUGGAAAUGGUCAAAAUCACUUGACAGUUUUUGAUGUGGACAUUUCAGACUCAGCUACUUACUACUGCGCCGGUAGCACUUUAUUGGUGUUGACUUUUGCCGAAGGCAUUGUUGUCAGUGUAAAGGGUUCAGGUUUGAGCGUCCCAGUUCUGGUCCAUCAGUCAGCAUCUGAGACCAUCCAGCCAGGAGGCUCUGUGACUCUGAACUGUACAGUUCACACUGGGACCUGUGAUGGGCAACACAGUGUGUACUGGUUCAAAGACUCUGAAGAGUCUCAUCCAGGACUCAUUUACACCCACGGAGGAAGGAACGAUCAAUGUGAGAGGAAACCCAGCACACAAACACACACCUGUUUCUACAACCUGCCGAUGACUCUGUCUGAUGCUGGGACCUACUACUGUGCUGUUGCCUCGUGUGGACGCGUGCUGUUUGGAGACGGGACCAAGCUGGACUUUGAGGAUGAGCUGCACUCUGUUCUCUGGGUGACUCUCUUAAGUGGAGCUUUGACGUUCACCACCAUCCUGAGUGUCUUACUGGUUUUCUUACUGUGCAUGAUGAACAAGAGAAACCGCUGCAAAUGCACAGAGUCUCAUGAAAGAUGUCCAACUCCCUUCACAACAAAUGCCGAGGGUGAACAAAAUGAAGAAAACAUCCAUUACGCGGUUGUAAAGGGAAACAAGGUCAACAGAUCUAGAAGACAAAGGAACAACGCCGAGACUGAAUGUAUAUACUCGAGUAUAAAGCAAUAGAAGUGUACAUGCUUCUAAGUGUUUCCAUCAAGCCCAUGAGACACUGAGGUCAUCUUAUCAUGAGGUCUUUCCUGCUCCUUUGGAAAGAGAUGCGUUGAUUAAAACUGUUACUUUAGGGCUUUGGUUUGGCGUUGUCUGUGUUGAAAAGGUUUAAAAGGUUCCGUUCUUCAUGAGAAAAAAUGAGUCGCUAAAUAAAUGUACAACAUAUAUGCUUCAUGUUCAUACUUGUAUGUAAGAGCGAAGUGAAUGCUCACUGUUUCAGGAGGCUGUUGUUCAAGU